UUUUUUUUUUUUUUUUGCUUUAAUGGGAGGAAAUCGAUACGAUAAAGAACGGGAAUAUUCUAGUGGAGUUGGGAGUAGUUAUCGUAGGUCGAGACAAGAAGAAGGUGGUAGUGCUGGCGAAGUUGGUAGAGAUUUUGCAAGUCGUUAUGGAGGUUUAUUCUCGGAAAAGGACUGGAAAUGUCCCAUUUGUUCAAAUAUCAAUUGGGCACGACGUCCAGAAUGUAAUCAAUGUAAAACACCAAAACCAGGUUUAGAAACAACGAUGGGAUCUAGGGAAGGACGUGGUGGAGGAUUUAUGGAACGUGAUGAAAUAGUUGAAUAUCGUAAAUCAAGAGAUGCAGAAAAGGAUGAUGAAUGGGAUGAUUUUGGUAGAAAAAGAAAACGAAGGGAAAAUUCUUAUAGAGGUGGAAAACAUAGUCGUAAUGGAAGUGUUAAUAAUGAUUUUAAAUCUGAAAAAUCAGCUUUGAAAAGUAAUAAGAGUGGAGAAGAAUUGGAAGAGGAUGGAGAUGAUGAUGAUCGUUGGGCUGCAUGGGAUGAUAUCAUUGGAAAUGAAGAUUCAAAAGAAGAAAAUGCUAAUUACAAUAAAAGUAAAUCAACAAUAUAUAAUGAAAGACGGUCUCAACGUUCGAAUAAGCUUUCACAUCGGCGACUGUCUCAAUCUCGUUCACCAUAUCGACGAGAUCGCUCAUUGUCUCGAGAUAGAAGGUCACGUAAGAGUAGGUCAAUUUCUCGAGAGCGAAGGAGGAGUCGGUCAAGUUCAAGAGAUAGGAGGAGAUCUGAAAAUAAUGAUAGAUAUAGAUCUAGAUCUAGGUCAAGUGGUAGAGACAGGAAUAGAAACAGAGAUAGAGACAGAGGAAAAUCAUAUCGUAGUCGAUCUAGAUCUAUUUCUAGAGGUAGGAAAAGGUCUUAUUACCGAAGCAGAUCACGUUCAAGAAGUCACGACAGACAUAGAAGUAGAUCUUAUUCAAGAUCGAGAUCUAAGGAUCGUAGGCGUUAACUUUUUUAUAUUACCUAAUCUUGGCUACAAAAAAAAAAUUAUUUUCAUAUUUUCACUUUUGAACAAAGUUAAUCAACAUUGGUCGUUCAUCAUCAUUUAUUAAUAUAACGAAAUAAAUAAACAAAAAAAAAAAUAUUAUAUAUUGAUUAUAGCUUUUUAUAUGCAAUACAUAUUCACUAUUAGAAUCUUGUCAAAUAAAAUAUACAUCCUAAUGAACAAGUUUUUUCAAUCAAG